GCACCACUAGCAAGAACACAAAGCCACCCUUACCAGUAACUAUAGAGGAACUGCAAAACCAGUUAACGACUCUAGACCCUGAAUUACAGCUACAAUUACCUAUUAAAGCAUAUAUAGAUAUCGAAACAACACUAGAUAAAAACCAACAACAGCAAAAGCAAACAAUAUAUAAUAACAUCAUUAGGAGACAGAAAAAUUUUACAGACCAUACAACAAGGAUGAUCGAUAGCAUUUUAAAAAAGAAGCACCAACAUAUCCAAUCUAUCAAUAUUGUAGCAUCUUCGGCAGUCAUCACUGAACCUACAGCAAUUAAAGCAGAAACCUCAAAACACUUUGAGUCAUAG